AUGAGAUUUCCUAAAUGUAAAGGCUCAAGAUCCACUGGUGGAGUAGAUCUUUUUAUUCGCCUAGCACACACAGAAUUAGGUGAAGGAAAACGAAUAAAGUUAAUGCUCAGCCUCAUAGCUAUUUGUUUUAUUAGUAUCUCGGUUGCCAUAGUGUUCAGCUUGCACAGACUGCAAUCUAACCAAAAAGUGCACGGGAUUGGGAUGUAUUAA